AUGGUACUUUCCCACCUGGAUAUCUGUCAGGUCCUGCUCCUGGUUCUUCUGGGAGUGCACCAUCCUGCCGACUACGCCAGUUGUCAUAAAACAAGUUUGAGGCAACCACUUGGCAAACUAAGAUCACACAUCCAGAAUCCAAGUGCAUUUGAUUUGGUCCAUUUUCUCUUCACACCACUAAACAUGGUAAUACAAGCCACAGGUGGUGUCGAUCUGGCCAGUAGUAUUCUUAGCCCUUUACUUACAAAAGAUGCAGUUGAGUUUCUACAUGCCUCAGUUACUCCAGAAGAGCAUCAGAUAUGGAUGUCACUUGGCAAUGCUUGGACCAAAGUGAGGAGUGAGUGGCCAAAGGAACAGUAUAUACCACCGUAUAUCCCAAGAUUUCGAGAUGGCUGGGAACCUCCUCUGUUGAAUUUUAUGGGAACAUCCCGAGAACAAGAUUUGAAUCAACUGGCAGAGUCAGUCGCUAAUGUGGUCGAGAAUCAACUUAAAGAGGAGCAUCGCAGGCUGAGUCAUGAGCCUUCAAGUGCCCAAGACACUUCUCUAAAUGAUGGAAGUUACGAGUCCCAUGGAAGAGGUCAACCAAAAAGUUAUGCCAAAUCGAAAUAUGACUUUGUUGCUCGCAAUUCUUCUGAACUUUCUGUUGUAAAAGAUGAAAUUCUAGAGGUAAUUGAUGACAGGAAACAGUGGUGGAAGGUUACAAAUGCUAGUGGUCUUUCAGGAUAUGUGCCAAAUAACAUCUUGGAAAUUACCAAAGCUCAGGAACUGGGUCUUGGACGCUCAGACCCAAUGUACAGCCAUACAAUUCAGCUGCUGAUGCCAAAGAAGGAAUUUGAACUAUUCAAGCAAUUACUUGGGGAGUUAUCAGAGAAGCAGAAAAUGGAGUAUAUACCUAAUCAAGUAAACCCAAUCCCCUGUGCUCCUUCUCCACCUCCUGCUCCUGCCCAACUUCCAUCUCAUCCAUUAACUCCUGGUUCAUUCAGCAAUCGGUCCUUUUCAUCCACCAGUGUCACCCGACAGAACAGCAGUAACUCAAGUGACAGUGGAAGUGUGGUCAUGAGAGAUGGCCAGCGAGAAAAAGACAAAGUGAUUAAUCGAAGGAAAUCACAUAUGGAAGAAGUACAAGAUGAACUUAUGCACAGAUUGACUAUUGGCCGUAGUGCUGCUCAGAAAAAGUUUCAAGUACCCUGCAACACCAGCCAUUCUACUGUAAAUAUAUCGUAUGAUUCAUCACCUGAUGAGGUGAAAAUGUGGCUGCAGUCUAAAGGAUUCAGCGCUAUGACAAUAAACAGCCUUGGUGUGCUCACAGGUGCUCAACUAUUUUCUCUGAACAAGGAUGAGCUAAAAACAGUAUGCCCGGAUGAUGGCGCUCGUGUCUACAGCCAAGUAAUGGUCCAAAAGGCUACCCUGGAGGAUUCACAGCUUUCACCAACUGGUCAUACUUGUAAUCUGAAACAGAAAAGUGGUGGCAACUCGGAGCUUCAGGAGAUCAUGAGAAGACAGCAGGAGAAGCUCAAUUCAAUGGCUUGUGACUCAGGUGUGGAGUCAUUUGAUGAAGCAAGUGGUCACUAAAAUGUCUCCCAAAAGCUUCUCUUUCUUGUGUGCUGCAUGGUAGAACAAACCAGGGGUACAUCAAAUUAAACUAGUUGCAGACUGGACUCAUAUAUGGAUGCUUUAAAAUUUUAUAUACUGUAUGUUGAGAUUUAGAUUAGUGCAAUGGUCAAUGAAAUCAGUGCACUUAGGUGGUCAGCCCAAUGAUUAUGGACUUAAGAGCUUUUUCUUUGAAGCAAAUAUAUAUUAUGGUACCAAAUAACCAGCCAUGAAUCUCUUUAAUGUGUAGCUGUAUUUUUCUUGAGUGUUGCUUGGCUGCUCCUAUUUUUCACAGCCUCUCUUUACAUUCUGUAUUUUAUGCAGUUCUGGAAAAUAGUCUUUCUGAAUUAGGUUGUUAUAAACAGUUCCUUAGUUUUCUUAGAUUUUUUUUUAAAUGAUGAUUGAUAAAGAUAAAAUGUUUAUUAACAUAAAUAUUGUUUUCAGUUUAGUUUUCCUGAGUAUUUAUUCUGAACAAACUGCUGAAAUAAUAAUAAUAAAAUGAAGCAAAUAUUA